CUUGAUAGACAAAACGUGUGUCAUAACCCUUUGUUAAACACAGAUCUUAUUUUUUGCGAUUUUUCCAAAAGUCUAUGGGAAAAAUCUUUCGAUCAAGGGAACCUGUGCGCCGCUAAAUUCCGGGUUGGCCUACAAAAACACGUCAUCCCUGAGGUACUCUAUUCCAGCAUGAGUCCUCGUCUUUUGGAAGUGCAUGCAAAGUGGAUUUGCUUUCACACUGUAAAGAUGUCAUGUCAACAUGUCAACAACACAAACCAAACUCUUCCAGUCUCAGCUACAACAGUGUUUGAAGACCCCUGUCCACAUCUUAGUAUGCCUGUAGAGACUGAUGAGUCUAUGACUUUGUCUUCUCUCAACCUGGUCUGGCCUGCAUGCCAGCAGUGCCAGUCACACAACACUAAAGAGGCAGGCACAAGUGCUAGAUUCAGCCCUGAGAUGUGUGUCCAUGAUGUAAGCAGGCUGGAUUAUCUAGAUGGUUGCUGUGGGCUUACUCCUAAAGUUUUAAGGGUUAGUCCCUUCAACAAACUCUCCAUAAGUGAUUCACAACACACAGCGAGUCCUGCGGGCCUGCCCAGUCUCUACUUGCCUCAAAGUUCAGGAAGACACAUUCAGAGAGACUGUAGAGCCCACAUAGAAGAUCUGAGUGAGGACUUCUCAGGCAUCAACAUUCAGAACCGCUGCAAUUCCGCUGUCCUAUAUUCAAGCGCCCGAAACCCUGUGAGUGAGGAUGAGGAGAGUCUAGAAGAGCCUAGUCCUCUUCGUUCUGACCUGGGUGAGAAUUUCUGCAGGUAUUCUCCACCAAAACAUCCAGGAUUUUAUGAUGAGUACCCACCAGAGGUUUUAUAUCACUGGCGCAAACAGCCUGCAAAUUAUCCACAGCCCAACUAUCCGCUGUAUCAGCCCGUACCUGAGCAUGCAAGGCAUUAUGUUCAGAACAGGGCAUCAGCAGGGUGCGAGUGUCACGGAUCCCUUGUCCCCGGAACUCCAUUUCCCAUGAUCCUCGUGUUUCUUCACCUGCACUCACUUCCCUCGUCAGCUCCUCAUUAUCACUCAUCACCUGCACCUGGACUCUAUCUUCAUCACUCCCUAUAUAUUGGACUCACUCCCUUCACUCCUUGUCCGUUCUAAAUGUUAUAUCGUAUGUGUUGGUUGUGUUAUGCUCCUUCUAUCAUUAAAUGCCUGUUGAUUGUGGAUGUCCGUAUCCGUCUCGUCUCUACAACCCAGCACUUGUAACAGAAGAACAGACCAAAACCGUUGGACCUCCACAUCACAAAAUGGGUAUCUUCCUGGUCCCUGUACCCACAACGGCUCAUAUCGGGGCUACCACUCCUUCACCACCUCUCUCUGCGGCGGAACGGCUCAUUGGACUUUUCCAGGUUGGUCGUUCACUGGAGAGGUAUGUGGAGGAGUUCGUAGAGCUCGCUUAUUUGACAGAUUGGUCAGAUGCUCAUUUGAUCGCCCUGUUUUUGGAUGGACUGGACGAGGACACCAUCCGCUUUUAUGAACCUGACGAUUAUGUUUCCUUAGCUGAUGCUAUAAAUUUAGUUUUGUAUUUAAAUUGCUCCAAAUUCUUUGUCCAAGAGGUUCAGGAUGUUAAGUGUUCCUCUCGUCCAGUCCUUCCAAAAACACGGGCAGCCUG